ACAAAACCCAAACUGGUGGGAACGCACUCCGAUGUGUCCCCUCGAUAUCCACUUCAAGGCAACCAACUGGUGUUCCCACGCACACGUGUCUGGCUGGCGCUAUCAGUGCUCAUCUGCACCGGACAGGAAACUCGAGCCGGAGUCACUCUCAGAAGCUGAGACGCAUGCGACGCAGGUGGAAUUCAUCACCCCACCGACUAAGUAUUUCAGGGCAGCUGGCCAUGGAGAAAUUCAACAACAACGAAGUGGUCACACUGAAGCCGCAUCAUGGUUCAGUAUUCCACACAAAUUACCAUCCGUGUUCUGUAGCCCAACAUGCUGUCGAAAGUAGCUCCGCAGCCGAACGUAAGCCUAGACAGGCCUACUCUAAUGCGCAGCUGGAACGGCUGGAAGAUGAAUUCAUGAGAGACAAAUAUUUGAACUUGGACAAACGGGUGGAGCUAUCCAUAGAGCUGAACCUCACAGAAACACAAAUCAAAACAUGGUUUCAAAACCGCCGCACCAAAUGGAAAAAGCAGAUGGUCGUGCCCGCGACGCAAAAGAAUCAGACCAAACAGCAAUGGCCAUCCAAAGAAAGUUGGUAUGGGAAUUGCAUACCCAACUGCAUAUAUCCCAGCUUCAUCACCAGUCUUCCGUUGGCUUCGUACAGCGACUGCACCAGAUUUGUGCCACUGGAAGACCGGUCGCCGAUGAAUGGACUGGACUAGUGGAAAUAAAGCCAAAUGCUUGGUAAACACACUGAGGAGAACACUAUGGUGCGCGGGUAACACGGUGUUGGUUUCGCGCACGCGCGGCACCGCCGCGCAGAAAGAAUGUAUUCAAAAGUACACAACCCCCAAGUAAAGCAAGCGACAGCAUUGGCACCGGCUGCACAAUUUUACAACUGAAUCUCCA